AUGAAGGUGUAUAUUCAAACACUUGAUGGACUGGGACGAAGAUAUGAAUUUGAUGUAGAAGAGUCAACAACAGUUCAACAACUCAAACAAUUAUUUCGUGAAAAGACAGUCAAUGAACAUGAUUUAGGAAAAAAAUCUCUUAUCCACAUUUCAACUCGAGAUGUACUCGAUAAUGAUACAGAAACUCUUGGGUAUUAUGAUGUGCAAGAAGGUUCUGAAAUACAAUUGCAUGAUCUUACUAAAACAACUCGUAAUUUAGGCGCUUUGGGAUUGAGAUUUGUCGAUGUUAAUGAUGGUAAAGGUAUUAAGCGAACUCCAUGGGCAACAAAAGCUCCACGAUGGCGAAUAGCUGGACGUGGUUUAUGUCUGGAAGGUAUAUGUACAAAUCCACAAUGUGAAGCUAACGGAGAGCAAGUUAUCAUGACAAUUGGUUACAAAGUAUUUGAUGUUGUAACAGAUUCGGAUGAUACUACAACCAUGUGCCCGAUAUGUAAAAAGUAUGUUGAACCGAUGAUAUGUGGAUUUAAUAAUUGUCGGUGGAGAUUUGAGGGUAAAAGGAAAGAACGACAAGGUGAUGGUAAAGCACCAAUAAAAUGUUCAUGCGAUUGGCAACAAGCUGGCAAUGAAUAUCAUUAUUUUGAUCAACAAAUAACUCAAAUGGUUACGUGGACACAGCUGAAAAUCGAAGCUGUCAAGAACGGAUAA